GACGGUUAGUGUGGGAGACGGGUCGGGAAGAUGGGUCCGGGAUUGGGGCGGAGCCCAGAGUCAGGAAAGCCGGGCUGAAACGGGAGAGACUGGGGUCUUGGCUGCUGGGAGGCGGGCUUGCUGGGUCUCCCCAUGCCCAGGGACCUCACGCCCCGCCAUGCCUCCAGGCCCCGCCGUGCGGAACUGCCCGAGCCCAAGGCCAUGCCAGAGCAGAGGGAAAACUGUCCAUGACCCCGUCCUGCUGGCAGAGCGGCCUCGCUCCGACGUCCUCCAUGGAUGGCCCAGGCUGGGAGUGCCAAGGGUCCUCACCCACGGCCCCCGAGGCAGAACGGGACUUGCUACGCAGUGUGCAGACCAUCCUGCGGGAACUGGACACACAAAGACCAGACUUCCGGAGCAACCGAGGGAUGUGGCAAUGGUCAUUGCACAAGAAGAUUGAACGUGAUCCCAGGAAGAGCUUGGCUUUGGUGCGAAUUCUGCUCAAUGAGCUGGAGAGGGUGGAGAGAGGGGACCAAGCUCAUCACAUCAUCCCCCUGCUACACACACUAAUAUAUACACUAACGAAGGCCCCCUGCACCUCCGAUAACCUCUUUGACAGAGCCUAUGCCUUCUGCACGCGGUUACUGACCCUACCCAGGCCCUACUGCUCCCUGGCUUGGCACUCUGCAAUCCUGUUGAAGCUGGAGAAAGCUGUCCCGGGCCUCCUGUACCAGCGGACGGUCCUCGCGGAGCACAGCCUGCCCAAUGAGAUGUACCUGUACCAGGAGCAGGUAUUCCUGUUUGUGGAUCCGGAUCUGGUCUCCACGGCCGUGUGCAAUGCCCUGCUCCUAGAGGUUGAAGGGACCCAGCAGCAGCCCCGGGAGAGCCCUUGGGCCUGCAUGUUCCAUGUGGUCGCCCAGGCCAUGCGGAUGGCCUUGGGCAAGGCCUGUGAUGUGGGUGCACUGCAGAGGAGGUUGAAGAAUGGCCCCCGCAGUGACCUGGAGCGCUGCUUCCAUGCAGUGGUGGCCAUGGUGCAGCAGGCAGGCAGCGAGCUGGGUGCCACCCAGGGUGGGCACGUGAGGAGACUGGAGGAGCUCUAUAGAUCGCUGCUCGGAGCGGAGGUGGUAGGAGAUGAUCCUUCCCUGGCCACACCUCCAGCCCUGCCCCCGGUCAUCCCUCUGCCCAGUCCCCGCAUUGGCUUCUACCUGUGGACAGAUAAAGAGCAGCUUUGGAAGGAGCUGGUACGGUUCCUCCACAGCGACCCCUGUGACCACUGCGACCCCUCCUGCCUCCACGCAGACCCAGAGGCCUUUGAUGUCCAGGGCCUGGCAGUCUCUGGGCAGGCCGGGGAGCCAGCUCGCUUCUCUAUACUGUCUACGGACAGCGGGAUCGAACGCGACCUGCCGCCCGGGCCCGAGGAGAUCCCAGAGCCCGAACAGUUCCGCCUGCAGCGCAAGGGGGGUGUCAGGAAGCGGGUGGGGCCCCUGGAGGCCUGGCUGCCCCCCUGCUGGCAGGGGCUGGCUGGAGAUCCUCGGAGUCAUGCGCAACCACCGCUCGGGGCCCAGCCGCUGCACACGGCCCGCGUGGUGGUACUAGGGGAUGACCGCAUGCUGGGCAGGCUGGCCCAGGCCUACCUUGAACUCAGGUAGCUGGUUGUGGAGACAGUGGGGACGGAGCAGA